AUGAGGAAAUCGGAGAACCCACCUGAGAACAGAACUGAUCCUCCGAAGCACCGCCAGCUCCGAGCAACAGAAUGGACGAACGGUGGCCCGAGCCGGAGGAACACGGACCAGAGCCUUCCUGAAGAAGAGAUCGUCCUUGAGAACUGGGUCUACGACUGCUUCCUAGCUGGCGAGCUGCACAGGUUAGUCGAUGAAGAAGAGGGUGUACACAAGAGAAAAGCUCGAGAGGAUGAUACUUCUCUGUCCCCGGCCACCCUAAACAACUCCUACUGGCUCUCUCCCUCUGGGAUAUACGCCUUCGGUUUCUAUCCAAGACCCGGCGGCUAUUCCAUCGGCAUCUUCAUGGCCGGCAUCCCACAGAAGACCCUCGUCUGGAUGGCCCGUCGGGAUGACCCUCCUGUCCCGAGCUAUUCCACCCUUCAUUUCACCGCUGAUGGGGGGCUCAUCCUGCAAUCAACCUUGGAUACGGUCAUUGCCAACCCAAACGAGACCGCAGUCUCUGCCUCCAUGCUCGACUCGGGAAACUUUGUCCUCUACAACUCUCAGCAAAACAUAACAUGGCAAAGCUUCGAUUACCCAACCGACACCCUUUUAGAAGGGCAGCGCCUCCCGCCGGGACAACAGCUGCAUUCAGCAGCUUCAGAUGUCGACCCGUCAACUGGGAUCUUCCGAAUAAGGAUGCAACUUGAUGGAAAUCUUGUCAUGUACCCGAAUGCUGUUGUCGCCGUUGGUAAUGCUUACUGGGCAACUAGCACUGUUGGAGCAGGGGACACCGUCACGCUCAAUCUUGCGGGCGAUGGCCUUCUCUACCUCAUGAAUGGCACGGGUACAUAUCUGAAAAACCUUACUGAACGAGGAUUGGCAACGCCUAAUAUAGUAUAUCGUGCACGAAUCGAUCCCGAUGGGAUUUUCCGAUUGUACUCUUAUAACACGACAGAGAAAGGAAACUGGUCGACUGUGUGGUUGACGACAGCUGACAAGUGCGCCCCCACGGGCUUAUGUGGCUUCAAUGCCUUCUGCAUCAACUUUGACCAAGUUGCUAGAUGCCAAUGCCUCCCAGGGUUCGACUUUGUGCAAAGUGGGAAUGAUAAAUCAGGCUGCCAGAGGAGUUUUACGCCAGAGAGCUGCACGGCGAUCAAUGCACCUGCCAGUUACAACAUUUCGGUGGUCUACAACACUGUAUGGGCAGACGAUAAUUCCUACUCGGUUGUGGCUGUGCCAUCCGAGAGUGAUUGUCGAACGGAGUGUCUGCAGGACUGCAACUGCGAAGCUGCAUUUUACGAAGCCGGGUCCUGCAGUAAACAGAGGCUCCCUUUAAGAUAUGGUAGAAGGAACCUUGGAUCAUCAAAUGCAGUCUUUGUCAAGGUAGGACAAACGACAUCCGGUAAUAGGACUAGGAGCGACCCACAGAGGCCUGAAGGACGAAGAAAAGAACGCAUUCGCAUGGACAUUUUAGUAGUCAGUCUCAUUUUUAUUGCAGUUACAGUAGUAAUUAUCACAGCCUGCGGGAUCCUUCUUUACAGGAACCGUGUUGGGUUGUACAAAACCAUUCCGAAGGUCGGGACUGGCAGGAUGAUCGAGGAUGUUGCACCUAGGUCAUUUACGUACGAUGAGCUCAAACAAGUGACCGGAGAUUUUAGAGAAGUGAUCGGGAAAGGAGCCUUUGGAAUAGUUUAUAGAGGAACCAUGUCAACUGGACAAGCUAUUGCCGUUAAGAGACUUGAACGAGUGUCCACUGACGGGGAAAGAGAGUUCCGCACAGAGAUGAAAAUCAUUGGGAGGACCCAUCAUCGGAACCUCGUCCGCUUUCUCGGUUAUAGCCUCGACACAUCCAACAGGCUUCUGGUAUACGAGUACAUGAGCAACGGGUCGCUUGCUGAUCUUCUCUUUGCUCCUAAGAAGCUUCUCUGUUGGGAAGAGAAGAUGGGAAUAGUGCGAAACAUAGCCCGGGGUCUGCUCUACCUCCACGAGGAGUGUGAGACGCAGAUUAUCCACUGUGACAUAAAGCCUGGAAACAUACUCAUCGAUGAAAACCGACGAGCGAAGAUAUCGGACUUCGGGCUGUCGAAGCUGCUGAAGCCAGAUCAGACCAACACCUUCACAGGGAUCCGAGGGACGAGGGGCUACGUCGCGCCAGAAUGGCACAAGAACCUGCCCAUCACGACAAAGGCCGAUGUCUACAGCUUCGGGAUUGUACUGCUGGAGAUCAUAUGCAGCCGGAGGAACAUGGACCAGAGCCUUCCUGAAGAAGAGAUGAUCCUUGAGAACUGGGUCUACGACUGCUUCCAGGCGGGCGAGCUGCAUAGGUUAGUUGAUGAAGAAGAGGGUGUAGACGGGGGACAGCUCGAUGGGAUGGUUAAGGUUGCUAUUUGGUGCACCCUUGAAGAGCCUUCGCUUCGCCCGUCGAUGAGGAAGGUUCUGUUGAUGCUCGAAGGCACCGUAGACAUACCCUCUCCUCCUUGUCCCACUUCAUUCAGCAGUUGCAUAUGAAGCUGAGAUGAUCUUGAGGUAGUGAGCAGCUCAUCCCAGAUAAGAAAUUUUCCAGAAUUUUUCUACUGUUUUGAUUUAGAUCGGCAUCAGCUCUACUUUGAUUUUUAUGAUUAUGGAAAUAACAAUUUGCUUGGUCAAUAAUCAAUAUAGAGGAGUUGUAUCCCUUAAUGGGCGGUCAUAUCUUCCAAGCCGUUAAUGUCAAAACUGUUUGUUGCUUCCUGUGUGAGAUUGGAUAAACCGCCCUGAUUGACCCCAAUAUGUAAAUAGGGUACAAUCAUGCCUCGACUGGGAGGACAACCGAUUUACCCGAUUUGUAAUUUUCUCUUUGCCGAUGCUUGAGGGCAUCGUGAACAUUGAACUCGUGGUUUAUA